CGGGUCUCUCAAAAGAUUGCAGGGUUGUAGCUAGUAGAGAGCAUUGAAAUAGGAAAACAGGGAUUCCAGCGUUAGUUUAUUUGCGAGUAUGCGAUUGUUUUAAUAGAUGAAAAUAGUGGCGCAACGGUAAUUGUAAUUCCCUUGAAGAAAAUAAAACAUCAAAGCUGCCAUUAUGACCUCCGUAACCUCAGCAGUGCGCUCCCUCACGGAGAUGUUUUAUAAGAAAACUCAGGAGUUCAUCGGUGAGAUUGUUAACACUCACAUGGUUUGGCUCGAGGAGAUCCAGCAAGAAGCAAAUAGCAGGUUCACAAGAGAUUUUAAUACAGAACCAGAAUUGAUGCCAAAAACGCCAUCACAGAGAAAAAGAGGUCGCCGGAAGCGUGUAUCUUUAGGGCGCCAGGAAGAWAGUCAGGGAAAGAGAUUUUCAAAAGGAAGGCGCAGUAACCUUCGUGGCUCUGUGGUGAAACCGUUAAACUUUGUUGCUGAAGAAGUAGCCAUUCCCGAGGCUUCCACGUCUGAAGCCAGCGCCGCGUCGAGGCCGAAACGAACAACACGCAAAAACAAACAGACAGAGCUCACGGUGGCAGCUGAUGAGAGCCAGUCGUCCUGUGAGGGUAAUGAAACCGARGAGGUGCAGAAGAAAGAGCAAAUAGAUGAAAAACUGAAGAUUGCUGACAUCAAACUGCAGGAUACUUGCAGCCCCCCUCAGUCUCCCCCUAAGAUCCCAUCACCUGAGGUAACCGUCAAGAUCUCUACAGAGGAACGCUUGUCUGCAGAGUACGCCAUGGAGGCAGAGGCCUCUUCGAACCGUGUUGCUACAAAGAUUGCGAUAGCUGAACCUGCUAAAAGCUCAGGGCGCACCUCGGGACGAUGCUCGCUCAAGCUGCGUCACUCUGUGGCUGGACUUCGGCACAGCAUGACCCAGGAAUCUGUGCGCCGUGCCUCACGUCGCUCAAUGCUGAAGAGGAAGGCAUCUCGCAAGAGCAAGUCUUCGUGCAACAGCAGUGUCACUGCUGAGGAUUCCUGCAUGGAUACUGUAAAUGAGGAUGAAGCACCCAUACCUGGAGUUUCACCUGCAGACUUGGUGGGUAAUGAUGCACCAAAGAUCCAAAAUGAAACAUCAGAGGUAAUUCAAACAAAUAAAUGCGAAGUUCCAUUAAACGUGCGCAUCACUCGCUCUGUGGCUGCUAACUCUCCCAAACUGGCUCCCCCUACAUUAUUUAGCACUGAGCUAAAAGUUAGCACUCCAGUCAAAAAAGCAGCUGAGAAACCGCCACCACAAGCAGAUCGAAGGCCGAGUCGCAGCACUAAACGUAAAGCACCAGAUACUGUAGAAAACAGUCCAUCUAAGAGGUUUUCACCCCCCAAGAAAAGUCAUAGUGCAAUCAAACCCAACAUGAGAUCUUUCCUGCACACUGUGCAGAAGAAUCAGAUGCUCAUGAUGACCCCAAACUCCUCCGGACGUGUUGGGGUGAUGAAGUCUUUCAUCAAACACACCACGCCUUUAAGAGUUGAUCCUAAAGUCAACAUUGGCACAGUGACAAAAGAGCGUCACAAGCUGGAAGCACUCAGGAAGAAGCAGGAGCAAGAGGAGGAGAGGAUGAGGAAGAUGGAGGAAGAGAAGAGACGCAAACAAGAAGAACUUAAAAGGAAGAGAGAUGAGAGGAUAAGAAGAGUGCUUGAGGCCAAAGUUAAAGAAGAGCAGAGGGAGGAAGAAAAGAAAAAGAAAAUUGAACAAAAAAUGGCUCACAUUGAUGAGAAAAAUGAAAAGCGUCUCAUUGAAGAGAAGAAGAAGUUGGCCUUGAAGCGACAGGAGGAGCUGGAGCAGAAGAGGAAGAUGGAAGAGGAGGCCAAGAGGAAGAAGAUUCAACAAGCUGAGGAAGAAAAGCGGCAGCAGGAGCUGGCUGCUAAGAAGGCAGAGGAGGAGGAACAAGCUCGCAGAGAGCUGAAGAUGGAGCAGGAGCGUGAAAGGGAGCUGGAGAGAGAACGACAAGCUGCUGCUGAAAGGGAGAGACUGGAAAAACAGAAAGCUCUUGCUUUGCAGCGUGAAGUGGAAAAGGCAGCGAGAGAGAAAGAAAUGAGGGACUUGGAGGAAAAACGAAAGGCUCUCGAGGAAAGAAGAAAAAUGGAGGAGCAGCAGCGGCUGGCUGCAAAAGAGCAGGCUCUUAAAGAAAAAACAGCAAAGCAGAAAGAAGCUGAUGCUAAACAGACUUCAAACCUGAACGCAACUUUUAAUUUGGAGAACUCUGUAAUGAGCACACCAGURGGAAAAGCUGGAGGCCUGAAUGUUACCGUAGAUUUGAACCCAGCCUCGCCACAGUCAUACGCCAUCACUCCAACUGGUGGCAAUAAAACUGCCAAGGGUUUAGACGACUAUGGAAUGGACCAAAACAGUGACGACUCCACAGAUGAUGAGUCGGCCCCGAGGAAACCCAUCCCAUCCUGGGCAGAAGGUCCCAAUCUGAAGCAGAUCAUUAUGAAGCAGUACUACAAUCCUCCAGAUUUUGACUCCUUCUUUGGGGUCAUUGAGCCACCAAAACUGGAGGACAUAUUUUAUAAAAGCAAACCUCGGUAUUUCAAGCGAACCAGCUCCGCGGUGUGGCACUCACCCCCGUCUGGAGCAAAGUGAUAUUUUCACAUAGAUGCUGGCUGAUCCUGUUUUACACACCGCUGUAUAAAUUUUAUUGUUUGUCUGUUUCAAAUAAAGUGUUUUUUUUUUCCCCUUCCCAUUUUUACAAGAGGUUUAGUCUCACUUUUGUUAGUAGUCAAAAAGACAGUAUGCACAACACUGGAAGUGUGGGCAGUUGUAAUUUGUGUUUGUAUUUUGUGCUUUUAUAGUCAUAUCUGUUCUAAUAAAUGUUUUAAUUGGCAAUUUAUUAGUAAUUAAUUUGAUUUUGAUAAUGAAAGAAAUGCUAGUUCCUAUGUUUAUAAAAAAAGGCUGAGCUAAAGUGUCACGACAAAGUGAGUGAAAAAUUAAAACUGCAUCAAGCUAAUGGGUYAUAUUUAUAGGGUUAACUACCGGUAAUCUUGUAGGCUUAAUAUGUUUUGAGAGAAAUCUACAAUCUGGGACUAUUAUUGUGAAGGGUUGAACUUUGUAAGAUACUCUUAUUGUGGAGGAUGCGUGCCUGCUGCUGUGUUGGCACUGUGAUGGGAGUAAUAAAGUCUACAGGCCUGA